AACAAAGUGAAGGCCCGAUGAGAGAAAGGGAAAGUUAAGGAUGCUGGAGCAGACCAAUGGAUUUCUCUUUCUCUUUCAUGCAAGGGAUCAUGGGAAAUACAAUUCAGCAACCACCUCAACUCAUUGACUCUGCCAACAUCCGUCAGGAGGAUGCCUUUGAUAACAACAGUGACAUUGUUGAAGAUGGUGGGCAGACACCAUACGAAGCUACCUUGCAGCAAGGCUUUCAGUACCCACCUACAACAGAAGAUCUUCCUCCACUCACGAAUGGCUACCUAUCAUCAAUCAGCAUGUACGAAACUCAAACCAAAUACCAGUCCUAUAACCUGUAUCCCAGUGGGUCGGCCAAUGGCUUUGGUGCAGUUAGAAACUUUAGCCCCACUGACUAUUACCAUUCAGAAAUUCCAAACACAAGACAACAUGAAAUUCUGGAAAAACCUUCUCCUCCACAGCCACCACCUCCUCCUGUGAUUCCAAAGAAGACUGGCUCACCUGAAAUUAAACUAAAAAUAACCAAAACUAUCCAGAAUGGCAGGGAAUUGUUUGAGUCUUCCCUUUGUGGAGACCUUUUAAAUGAAAUACAGGCAAGUGAGCACACAAAGUCAAAGCAUGAAAGCAGAAAAGAAAAGAGGAAAAAAAGCAACAAGCAUGAUUCAUCUGGAUCUGAAGAGCGCAAGUCACACAAAAUCCCCAAGUUAGAACCAGAGGAACAAAAUAGUUACAGAGAUCCCUAA